AUGUUCAUCGACCAAAGUUGGUCACUUGUCUUAAGUGCAAUAAUAGGAACUUAUUUAAAUGAAAGUACCAUCUGCAUAUUUUGGAACGAUAAAUUUGAGUUCCAACUGCAUCGCAGUGCUGAAUAUACCAGUUUUGUGGGAAUACAUAUCAAAUCUUUAAAAGGCAACCUGGACCGGGAUGUGGUUGAUGUUAAAGAAAGGAAAAAAGAGCUACAGGAAAACAAAUUACUGUUUGAUGACCUUCUUCUCAAAAUUACUGUGUCUAUUGAGGUGUCGCAUUGUGAGACAUUUAUUGUAUUUGACAAUAACAUUGUACAGUUUGUGGAAGCAUUUACUAAAGCGUCCAUAUACUCAAUUUGGAGGUCCUUACACAAUAAGUUUGUUUUUGCGCAUGUAGCUAACGAGUUGCAGGAGUGCUGUGAAAAUAUAUUUUUCGAGGAUCAACCAAACAUUUUAUUUGUUGUACGUGAUUAUUCAUCGGGAACUAUUUUCGACAUAAAAACAAACAAAUAUGUUGGGCCAAAAGCAGGAAAGCCUGCCCAGCUAAAACUUUUGGACAGAUAUUUGGCCUCCGAGCAGCGGUUUCAGUUUGGAAAAUUCCUUUUCCCAAACAAACUUAAGAACUUGCAGGGUCGAGAAGUCAUCAUAGCUGGAUUCGAUUACCCACCCUACACAGUUAUAAAACAUAAAACUAAUAGCAAUACGCGCGACCUAGGUGUGACCAAGGACUCCGAUCUACAAAAUGUUUACAUUGAUGGAACCGAAACUCGUGUUGUUUUAACUUUCUGUGAGAGAUUUAACUGUACUGUCCAAAUCGAUACGUCUGAAGCCGACGAUUGGGGAACUGUUUAUCCUAAUAUGUCUGGAUAUGGAGCCCUGGGCAUGAUCGUCAACCACAAAGUGGAUAUCUGCAUUGGCGCAAUGUACUCAUGGUCUGAAGACUAUUCGUAUUUAGAUCUCUCAAUGUAUCUUGUACGGUCUGGAAUAACGUGUCUCGUUCCAGCUCCUUUAAGGCAAGCCAGUUGGUACCUUCCCCUUGAGCCUUUUCAAAAGCAACUAUGGGCUGCAGUUCUAAUAUGCCUGUGUAUAGAAACUGUAGGAUUGGUGUUGGCCUAUAAAAGUGAGCAGGAAUUGUACGUAGCGCCAAGUUAUCGUGACGGCUGGUGGACUUGUACAAAGUCGGCGCUAUCUACAACAUUUAAGCUUUUUAUAUCACAAUCAGGAAACAGCAAAGCAACGUCAUUUACCAUCCGCGUGUUGCUUUUUGCGUGCUUUCUUAACGACUUAAUUAUAACCAGCAUAUAUAGCGGAGGCCUGGCGAGUAUAUUGACAAUUCCCAGCUUAGAAGAGGCGGCGGAUACAGUCCAACGCUUGCGGUCGCACCGAUUAGAAUGGGCGGCCAACUCCGAGGCUUGGGUUUCAGCCAUACGCGGUUCGGAAGAGUCAUUUGUACAGGACUUGCUGUUAAAUUUUCAUAUCUAUAGCGACGAACAGUUACUUCGACUCGCCCUGGAGCAGCGGGUGCACAUUGGGUUUACUGUUGAACGUCUGCCAUUUGGUCAUUUUGCUAUUGGAAACUAUUUGGUACCACAAGCCAUUGACCAGCUCGUAAUUAUGCAAGAGGAUCUAUACUUUCAGUAUACGGUGGCUUUUGUUCCCAGGUUGUGGCCCCUCCUCGAGAAUUUUAAUACCCUGAUAUACAACUGGCAUUCGUCUGGUUUUGAUAAGUAUUGGGAGUAUCGUGUAGUAGCCGAUAACUUAAAUCUGAAAAUACAGCAACAAGUCGAUGAAACCAAGUCCGGAGCCAAAGAAAACAUCGGACCGGUUAUGCUUGGAAUGUCUAACUUUGCCGGUUUUAUACUUGUCUGGCUGUUAGGAUCUGCUCUAGCCACGUUUGUGUUUUUGGUGGAGUUGCUUUGUCAAAAAAUAUAAUUUUUUUUGACGUUUACUUUCGUUAGGAUUGGGUAAUUUGGCACACAUUAGUUUUAACACUUACAAAACUGUUUUGGUAUUCUAUGACCUUGGAAGGCGUACUGGUAUAUAUAGCUCUAAAAUAUUUACAAUGCUGUCCACUGCACGCUGAUUAAUUAAAAUAAAUGUAGUCACAUUUGAUCGUCUAUCUUUUUGGUGCUUAACUUACAAAUGCAAUCCUCUCAUUUAGGCUACCGUCGAGUCAGCGCAAUUUACUGAACUUACAAUAAAUUGAAAAUCAAUUUAGUUAUUUGCUUUACGGGCUUUUGCUAAAAAUGGGUUAGGGGUAACUUGGGGGCCUAAGCAUUAAAAAAAAUAGUCG